GAAUUGCAAAGUUUUGGUGAAGGGAUGCAGUGAAGAGAGCCUCGAGGACUCUGUGACUUGCCUUGUUGCCUUACAAGUCUUUGUCUGCUGCCAAUGCAAACCAAAACGAUGUCGCCUCCUGGCCUCCCUGUGUUGCUGUUACUGCUGUUUUUCAUUGCCACCGCCACCGCCGCCGCCACCGCCGCCGCCGAUAACGAUGCCAAACGCGACGACCAGAGGGCUCCCAAGUCCCAAUCCUGCAAUAACCCCUUCCAAUUGGUCAAGGUGGAGAACUGGAUUGAUGGUGUGGAAGGACGUAUUUAUAAUGGCGUCACUGCCAGAUUUGGCUCUCUUUUGCCUGAGAAACCUGAAAACAGUGUCAGAACUCCUGCAAUUUUCUCUAAUCCUGUAGACUGCUGUUCCAAUUCAACUUCAAAGUUGUCUGGAUCAGUUGCUCUCUGUAUACGUGGGGGUUGUGACUUUACAGUCAAAGCUGAAUUUGCGCAGGCUGGAGGUGCUACUGGCAUGUUGGUAAUAAAUGACGCAGAAGAUCUCUUUGAGAUGGUUUGCUCCAAUAGCAGUGAGGCAAACAUUUCAAUUCCAGUUGUAAUGAUAACAAAGUCAGCAGGAGAAGGUCUCAACAACUCUUUAAUAUCUGGGAGGAAAGUGGAAAUUUUGUUAUAUGCUCCACCUCGCCCACUUGUUGACUUCUCAGUUGCAUUUUUGUGGUUGAUGUCUGUCGGAACCAUUGUAUGUGCUUCUCUAUGGUCGGAUUUUACUUCUCCAGAGAAGUCUGAUGAACGCUAUAAUGAAUUAUGUCCCAAGGAAUCUUCCAUUGCUGAAACAGCCAGAGAUGAUUUUGACAAGGAAAUUGUUCAUAUUGAUUCAAAGGGUGCCAUCAUAUUUGUCAUAGCAGCGUCUACCUUUCUUGUGCUAUUGUUUUUCUUCAUGUCAUCUUGGUUUGUCUGGGUGCUGAUUGUACUUUUCUGCAUAGGUGGUAUUGAGGGUAUGCACAAUUGUAUCGUAAGCCUGACUGUAAGAAAAGGCCGAAGUUGUGGUCAGAAGACAGUGAGCGUACCUCUAUUUGGGGAGACUUCUAUUUUCUCACUGGUAGUAUUGUUAUUCUGUGUGACAUUUGCAGUUUUCUGGGCUGCUACAAGACAGGAGUCAUAUUCAUGGAUUGGCCAAGAUAUUCUUGGCAUCUGUUUGAUGAUAACAGUCUUGCAGUUGGCUAGAUUACCUAAUAUUAAGGUUGCAACGGUACUCCUAUGUUGUGCCUUUGUCUAUGACAUUUUUUGGGUAUUCAUAUCUCCAGUGAUAUUCCAUGAGAGUGUUAUGAUUGCAGUUGCUCGAGGUGAUAAGGCAGGUGGAGAGGCAAUUCCAAUGCUUUUGAGAUUUCCUCGUCUGUUUGAUCCCUGGGGAGGUUAUGACAUGAUUGGAUUUGGGGAUAUUCUCUUUCCUGGGUUGCUUGUUUCCUUUGCUCAUAGAUUUGACAAAGAUAAUGGGAGGGGAGCAUCAAAUGGAUAUUUUCUUUGGCUGGUAAUUGGAUAUGGCAUUGGCCUCGUUUUCACAUAUUUGGGGCUAUAUCUUAUGAACGGAAAUGGACAACCUGCUCUUCUGUACCUUGUUCCUUGUACACUAGGUGUCACUGUCAUAUUGGGAUGUAUAAGAGGUGAGUUGAAGAACCUUUGGAAUUAUGGCACUGACCCAUCAUUGUCAACAGAGCAUUCUGAAGUUUAAAUGAUUACAUAAUUAAUUAAUCUUUUGAGGAUUGAAGAAAUUGAACUGCAACUUCGGAAAUGUUCUCAGCAUCUCAAUAAUGAUAUGGAAUGAAUGCCGAGGUUAGGGAAAACGGCAGGUGUACAGUACAGGCUCGUAACUAUUUUCUGUAUUAAUGAUUGAGUGUUUUUUAUAUAUGACUGCUUCAUAGUUCACUUGUAAAAGGAAUGAUAAACAGAUGGAAAAGUAGGUAUAUAAAAUUAACCAUCAUAUCGCCCUUGGCGAUGCCGUUGAACUUUCA